CAUGUAUAUAACAGGCCACAUUGCUUAGUUGGACAGUCAAAGAGUAGUCAUUCUACAAUAUAUCUGUCCACUUACAAUCGCUGAGACAUAGAGGGCAUUUGCAGUUGAAUACAGUCGAGCUCUACAUAGAUGCAGUGUUAGGUUUUCCAAGGCCAGAAUGGGGUCUCUUGAAAAUGACAUCAAUCAAGAUUUUCAGGAUGCCAUUGAUGUAAUUCAGCGUCACUCUCAGAUACGGCACUAUGACACGGAAAACAAAUACUAUGAGAAUUUGGAAAGUCAACAGUCUUCUGUGAGACAUGCCAUCUCAUACUAUCAGUUCACACCUCAUUUUGAGCCUCCAGGAUCAAUGUAUGACUGGAAUGAAUCCUCAUCAUGGUCUCACACUGUGCCAGAUGUGUCUCUGGGGCCGUUGUGUUCUGCCGAGCCUUCGGUAUUUUACUCAAAUUUACCACAGCGCCACGGAAAAGGUCGUAAGAAGUUACGGUUAUAUGAAUAUCUGCACGAGGCUCUUCACGACGACAACAUGGGCGACUCCAUCCAGUGGACGGACCGAGGUAGCGGCAUCUUCCAUUUCAUCUCGAAAAAUAAAGAGAAACUGGCCGAGUGCUGGGGUCAAAGAAAGGGAAACCGCAAGACCAUGACCUACCAGAAAAUGGCACGCGCUCUCCGCAACUACAGCCGCACGGGCGAGAUUGUGAAGGUGCGUCGCAAGCUCACCUAUCAGUUUAAUCCAGCUAUACUGCAGCGACUGAGCUCACUGUCAGGCUACAGCUCAGGCCCUUCGUCCAGAGACAUGACCCUUCACCAGCAAGGCUCUUCUGAGCACGUGUACUACAGCUCUCCUCUCCAAGACUGUCAUUACUGGUACGGCCAAUACUCUUACCAGGGCGAGUAUGAUCUUGCUACUGUACUGACAGUGCAUGAGGAUCCCAAAAUAGGCGUUUGAUUCUCAAAAGAGCCAAUCCCUAACAUUCCAUAAAUUGUACUCUCUCUCUCUGUCUUUUACAAGAUUGGAGAUGCUUUGAAAUAAACCUUGACAUGGUAAAAUGUAUAGAAGAAUAAAGCUGUUUUUCCUACAGUGCAUUAGAAAUGAGUAAAUGCUUGUAAAUGUAGGAUGUUAACAUACCGUUCAAAAGUUUAGAGUCAGUAAGGAUUUAUAUCUAUGCUUUUAUCCAGCAAGGAUGCAUUAAAUUGAUUAACAGUGAAAGUAAAGACAAUUGUAAUGUUACAAAAAGUUUCUAUUUCAAAUAAAUGCUGCUCCUUUGAACUUUUUAUUCACCAGAAUCCUGAAAAAAAGGUAUCACUGUUUCCACAAAAAUAUCAAGCAGCAAUAAUAAGAUAAUAGUAAGAAAAUGAGCACCAAAUCAGCAUAUUAGACAGAUUUCUUAAAGGAUCAUGUGACACCGCAGACUUGCUGCUGAAAAUACAGCGUUGAAUUAUAUUUUAAAAAAUAUUCAAAUAGAAAACAGUUAUUUUAAAUGAUAAUAUGUCAGAAUAUUACUGUUUUUACUCCAUUUUACUCUGGUGACUAUAUGAGAUUUCUUUCAAAAAUAUUAAAAAAAUCUUACUGACCCCAAACUUUUGAACAAUAGUGUAUAUGUAGAGUGGCCCUAACAAGUAUUUGUACACUUAAGCGACACUCAAAAUGUCUUUGCAUUAUGUAAAAAAUAUCAAACCAGAUAACAUUUAUUUUAAAGAAAAAGAGCGACAGCUCAAGCACACAUUUCAAGGAAAACAUUUCACAAAAAAGUUUCAAAUUCUUAGAGUAAAUAGAGGGAAAAAUGUGCAUAAUUACUCUGUGUGAACUUGAGGACAACUGAUUUCAUAGCUUAGGACCAGUUGGUUAAAAGUAACUGCAAAGAUGGUUCAGAAAGAUAUUUUGAUAUUUUGUAUACAAUGAAAUAACGUUAAGUGUCUAAAAGUGUCCACAUACUUUUGGGAACCACUGUUUAUCUACUGUUCUAUAUCUUCAUAUUUAUAUCUGCUUUUUUCAACUUGUUUACAUAAGAUCAUUUGUUUAUGUGCUCAAAUAAAGUUUCCUGUCUUGAAAA